GAACCUUCCAGCCUCUUAACAAGGAUCUUUGCAGUCACUUGCAGCGAAAAAGUUGUGGUAGUUGGUAAACAUGCAUUCUUUGGAAUAUUUCAUCUGUUUUUAUUAUCAGCUUCUUCUUUGGAGUUUUUACUUGCUUUCUUCCAAGAGCUUUGAGAACAGCAUCACUGGGUUGCUUCCCCUUUUGCUCUCUUUCAAAGCUGACACGUAGAUACCAAUCUUCGACACUUGCUAAGUAGUGUUAAAGUGAGCAAUCAACAUGGAAAUCUUGGCACUUUUGGCAUUGAGUUUCGGGAUUCAUUAUUUUGAUUUACCAGCAAAAGUUGAAAAGGUUAGGGACAUAUGGAGAUUCAUCGGGGAGUUUCCUGAAUGGCUAAACUAUCACAAACAGCUUGAAGAGAAAGGAAAAACUCUUAAAAGAAAAGUGGAAACUUUGUGCUCUCUAGAGGAUGAUAUUAACACAGAAGUAGAGAGUGCUCUCCGUCAACCGGGGAAGAAGCGGAAGCGUGAAGUUGAGAAUUGGUUGUGGGAUGUACAAAGAAAGAAAAACGAUGUUGUAAGCAUAGAACAGCGGAUUGGAGAAAGAAGAUUUUUCUCAUUUCCAUUGUUGGAUAAACGAGUUGAGAAGUAUAUUCAAGACAUAGAUGAGCUUUGCGAGCGGUGUAACUUUUCUGAUGGACUGCUUCUUGAUACACAUAUAAAAAGAAGAGAGCCAUUCCCAACAGCAAUGUUGGAGGGUCAUACGUCACGUACAAUUAUCGAAUCAAUUUGGCAAUGGUUGGUUAGUGAUGAGGUAUCAAGAAUUGGAAUUCAUGGUGUGGAGGGAGUUGGGAAAACGGCAAUCUUGACACGUAUCCAUAAUCUGAUAUUAGAACAUUUCCCUACUUUUGAGCAUGCUUAUUGGGUCACUGUUUCACAGAAUACCAACAUUCAUGAUUUACAGGAUACAAUUGCAAAAGAGAUUGGUUUAUAUCCCCUGAAUGAGGAAGACACAAGAAAAAGAGCAGCAAAGUUAUAUAAUGCACUAAAAAGAAGUAAAAAGAGUGUACUCAUUUUAGAUGAUAUUUCAACACCAUUAAAACCAGAAAAUAUUGGGAUUCCUUCCGAUGUCAAUGCAUGUAAAUUGAUAAUGACUAGUCGAUCGUUAAAAGCAUGCCGCAUGAUGGACUGCCAAGAAACUAUCGAGGUAAAGCCACUCUCUGAUGAAGAAGCAGUGAACUUAUUUAAGGAAAUUGUUCGUCUUAGGAAAGUCCUUGCCCCAGAAAUGGAAAAAAUUGCAAAGCUGAUUGUCAGAGAAUGUGAAGGAUUGCCUGGUUUUGUCCUUGAAGCUGCUCGAAGGUUGAAGGGAGUGGAUGACAUUAACGAGUGGAUGGAUGCUCUGAGUGAGGUGAGCGAGCUUAAAAAGGGGCUCAUAGACUAGAUAAUGGUUCUCAGCCAUGGAGGGUUUUGGGUUUUGCUUUUUGUAUGUUUUUUUGUUUACAUUUCUUAUGUAUCAUUGAUUUGAAAACUUUGAAAAAAACCAACUUUAACAGUGAA